AUGGUGAACUUUGUGGAUGUCUACAAGUAUUCUGAUCUAAUAGCAUCGAUUCUUGGUCUGAUGAUUAACGUUACUUUAAUGACAGCCAUCUUCAGGACGAACAGAAAGGGAUUCCAUGCUUAUUCGUAUCUUCUCAUCGUGCCUUGUCUUAAUGAUUUCAUCUUUUCGUCAUAUCAACUUCUAGUACAACAUGUAAGUCAAUAUGAAGGAACGGGGAGGGGUGUUUGGACAGAUUUUUGAAAAUUUUGAAUCUGAUUUUUGUUAUUUUUUGUAAAAAACAUAUCCUUUUCAUUGAUAUUCUUUUUAAUUUUUCUUUUCGAAUAUCGUGUGGUGCUUGAUUUAGGUAAAAAAUGUGAUUUUAGUUGAUCAAAGUAGACAAGGGUACCAUCUACAUAUUUCCACAUGGCAUUGAAAGGCUUGUCCCUGAAAACACUUACUGGAUUUUUGCAUUUUUUCAUCUUUUUACCAUUACAAAUACGUUUACAACACAACCAGCGAUAUACCACUACCGAUAUGUACUGAUCACUAAAGUUGGGUGAGUGACAACUUUAGUUUUAUGUUUUAGCACAAUUGAUACGUAAAAGAAUUUGAAAAACAAUGUAAACUGUCAAUAUUAAGCUAAUUGAACAUAAUGUUUCAGACAAGGCGGGCCGACUUUGAAGCUUCUACUGCGUAAUAUAUGCAUAUCAGUGAUAGGAUCUUCUAUUGUUGGAGUUUGUUUCGCCGCGUCGAUCCAACAGACAUUUCACCGUGGUAAAGAGUUCUACAUACGAGAGCUGACUCCGCUAUGGUUCAAUCCUGAUGGAAGUACUGGGUUUCUCUAUGCUUCUAAUUGGGUAUGUUAAUAUAUUAGUAGAUUUUAAGAAAAUUUUUCAAUUUUUGGUACUACUGCUUUUGUAUACCAACAAAUUUGUGUUUACUUUUGUUUUAUAUUAGCAUAGCUGUAACCUCAGACUAAACUUCAAUUUAUAACUAUUUACAUGGCAACUUAUUAUCUAAAAAGCCAUUUUUAAAGGGUUUCUAGAACAUAAUUAAAAAAAGUAUUAUAGUAACAUAUUAUGAAAUCUAAUAAUUGAAUGCUUAUUAUAUUUUUGUAGGCAGACUUUAUACUGGUAUGUUUUAUUUCAGGACGAUCUAAUCACCAAGAUAUACGUAGCUUCAGUGGUAAUUGUGUACUCGAUAGCUAACAUUCUGGCCUUUUACUUGAUCAUUAUAUCAGUCAAAAGUGUUCAUGUUCAGACAGCAUCAGUCAGCGAAAACACUCGACAUUUGAGGUCACAAUUUACAAAAACAUUGAUUAGUCAGGUAAAUGUUGUUAUAACAUAAUUUGUUGUACCAUAAUUUUACAGUACAUUUACCUAUGAUGUUUUUCUAUAAGCUUGUGGUACAUUUGUACUUACUUACAGUAAGAACUGGGUAACUAACGUUAAUAACGUACCUUUUUUAGACAUUGGUACUCACUGUGCUAGCGCUAAUACCAUGUACAAUAUAUAUGGCAGCGUUGGUAUUUCAACUACGUGGUGAAUAUCUUGGUAGUAUCGUACUAGGCCCAGUAUCCUGGUUUCCUUGUAUCAAUGGUCUUCUACCAAUGUACUUUGUACGAGCAAUAAGAGGCUUUGUACUUGGGUUAGUAGGUAUCCACAAAGGAGAACCAACUUCUAUCAAUAUCAAGAGUAACAACACUUCUACAGUAUCAUCGGCUUCUAAGGUUGUGGAGGAGAUCUGA